GCCCUUAUGACAUCAGCAGGGUCCCUCCGCCAUUCCUGCCGUGCCAUGGCUGAGGCACACAGACCUGAGGGGACUCGAACCAUCUACACCCAAUCCAUGCGUGACCAAUGGAGAAGAAGCAGAAAGAAAGUAAAAAUGAACCCCCCAAAAAAGAUGAGUCUCAGCCGAAAGACAAGCCUACCUCAGCACCAUUAACCCCACAGGCACAGAGAGAGGAUAAAACGUUGGCUCUGUAUGAGGCACCGAAAGCGGAGCAGGCUAAUAAGAAAGUCAUAAAGUCCCCAGAAACCCGAAAGAAGGUCUCUGACAAAGAUACAGCAGCCAUAGCGAUCCAGGCGUGGUGGCGGGGCACACUGGUACGCCGGGUGCUGCUGCACGCGGCCCUCAGGGCCUGGAGCAUCCAGUGCUGGUGGCGGCUGAUACUGUCCAAGCUUCUGAGGAAGAGGCGGCGGGCAGUGCUGGAGUCCUUUUCCCGGGAGGAGUGGGCAGCGGUCACUCUGCAGUCCUGGGCCCGCAUGUGGCGCGUCCGCCGGCGCUACUGCCAGGUGCUCAACGCCGUCCGCAUCAUCCAGGCCUACUGGAGGUGCCACUCCUGUGCGUCCCGGGGUCUCAUCAAGGGCCAGUACAGAGUCACAGCCAACCAGCUGCAACUCAAGCUGGAGAUCUUGCUGGGCUCUGGGCCUUGCAUUGUGACGGAGUGUAUUCCCCUCCCAAUAAAAGACUGAAAUGGUCUUUUCCAGA